AUGACACUUGCUAAGGUCAAAGGCAGGGAACUAUAUCCAAAAUUUGUCGUGGAGAUGUCUCAGAAGGUCACUUUACCCGCUUUACCUGUGAUGCCGCGGGGACAGCUCCCCAUCAGUUCUUCCAAAACGCUACUGGCUUACAAGAACAAGUCACAGCACUUAAACGCGUCGGGGCACAAAGUUAAUACGGUCUCUAAAGCCGGUAUGGGAAUCCUUAAACUGGCGACAACGCAAUGGAAGCAUCAGGAGAAAAAAGCGAGAGUUAUACGUUCAUCCAGCAUAGGUAAUCAGCAUCCGUCCAGCGAGCGCAGCCCGUGUAAGAAGUCUGCCCUAGAUCAUUUAGCUUCUUUGGUGCUUAACGGACAAGCUCGGCUCCAACAGCUCAGCCAGGAGCCCCGUCAAGAGUUACCGUGCGCUGUCAAACCUCAGAACUGCCGGCGCAUCGUGGUGUUGGGCGCGCGGAGAGUCGGCAAGACCUCAAUCCUGCGACGGUUUCUGCGGGACGGCUUCGAAGAGCAUUAUGAGCCCACCUCUGAAGACUUCCAUAGAAAACUGUACCACAUUCGAGGAGAAAAGUAUCAGAUAGACAUUCUGGACGCUUCGGGAGAAAGGAGUUUCCCAGCUAAGCGCAGACUCUCCAUUUUGACAGGUGACAUAUUUCUGCUGGUGUUCAGUCUGGACGAUUACAGGUCGUUCGAGGAGGUGCGAGCGCUGCGCGCCGAAAUCUUGGCGGCUAAAACAGCCUUGCGCAAAUCCAAAGAGAAAGCGUGCGUACCCACAGUGGUCUGCGCGAACAAGGUGGACCUGCCCUCCGAGGAGAGAGCUGUGUCACAGGGAGAGAUCGUUCGAGCUUUUGGUGAAGACUGCGCAUUGUUUGAGACAUCAGCUAAAGACUGUGUCAAUCUGGAGGAGGUAUUCGAAGCGCUGGCGAAACGCGGUGGACUGCCUCUCGAAACUGGACCUUCUCAGCACCGCAAAGUUUCCAUCCGCUCCUACCAGGCACUGCGGGCGAGUCGUCCUACUGGAAGGCAGGCUAAGGAAUCCAGUUUCGAGACGCCAUGCGGGGCUCUGUAUCCUCUGGCUCGACGGCCGAGCUACAGCACGGAUCUCCGACGCGUUUUGGGUCCCAACAGCUCCGGGAAACACUGUAAGGGGCGCGAGAGGUGCCAGAUUCAGUGA